CUUCCCCCACCCCGGCCCAGCAUCCCCCCCCUCCCCACUCCUCUUCCCCCACCCCGGCCCAGCAUCCCCCCCCUCCCCAUCCCU